AUGGGCAUUUCCCAGGUCACGGCGCCGUUAUCACGGCUGCUCCCACCGCUGGUGCUAGGAGGCGCAGGGUUCAGUCACCAAAUCAUCAAAAACCCCAAUGCAUCACAAGCCAGAAAAGUCCUCGAACGAGCUUUCCAACUGGGCCUGCGGGCCAUCGAUACUUCUGCAUACUACCACCCGUCCGAGAUACUCCUCGGCGAAGCGUUAUCACAUCCCGAAAUCUCCAGCCAUUAUUCGCGCGACCAAUACCUGUUGAUGACCAAGGCGGGGCGCAUCAGUGUCAACCACUUUGACUAUUCCCCCGCAUGGAUUAGGAAGUCCGUUUUGCGGUCGCUGGAGCGCCUGCGCACAGAAUAUCUGGAUGUGGUGUUUUGCCACGAUGUUGAAUUUGUUCCGGAAAGUGAGGUAGUCGAAGCCGUCGGCGUGCUGAUUGACCUGGUGCACGAAGGGCAUGUUCGAUAUAUCGGGAUUUCUGGAUACCGUAUAGACAUACUCUCUCGCCUCGCCCACCACGUCCGAGAAAAAUAUGACCGUCCACUGGACAUUAUUCAGAACUGGGCUCAGUUGACACUGCAAAACGACGUUCUCGCCAGAGAUGGACUUGCUUUCUUUCGAAGUGCAGGCAUCUCUUGUGUAUGCAGCUCAAGCCCUCUGGCCAUUGGUCUUCUGCGUGAUGAAGGGGUGCCGGUAGGAGACUUGGCCCGAGGGGAGUCUCUUGCAGCGCUGGCCCUGCGCUAUGCGAUUCGGCGAGCCCAAUUAGAGUCGUCUGACAGCUUUCGCGUAACAACGAUCAUGGGGAUCACUUCUGUCGCGGAGCUUGAAGAAAACCUCGCCGUGGCUAGACAAGUCCUCCCUGAUUCGAAUGAGCCAAAUUUGCUCUGGGCUACAGGGCCUGCCGGCCGUGAAAAACUCGACUCAGAGCAAUCAAAGCAGGAUGAAAAGCUAGCUCGAGAGAUUCAAGACAUUUUGGGCCCCUGGAAGAACUACAGUUUUCCGAGCCCAGGCGAUGGAUGGGAUGUAACGAGAAAACAGCCAGCUGGUACGAAGCUAUAA